CAAUCACCCCACCCCGCGGCGUCGCCAUGGCGACAGGGCACGCUAACGCCAGCGCUGUACCAGGCAGGCCGGCUCGCUGGGCAGCUGGGGACCAUGGCGCAGAAUCUGUACGGCCCCCGAGUGCGGAUGGGCAACUGGAACGAGGACGUCUACCUGGAGGAGGAGCGCAUGAAAGACUUCCUGGAGAAGAGGGCCAAGGGGCAACUCCUCAUCCAGAGAAACAGACGGCUCAAGAGGAAUCUUCUGAGACCGAUGCAGCUCUCCGUGUCUGAAGACGGGUACAUCCAUUUUGGUGACAACGUGAUGCUUGUCAAUCCCGACCAUCCCGAGACGGAAGCCGAGCUGGUGCUGGCCGGCGACCUGAGCCUGUGCAUGACCCCAGAUGAGAUCAGAGCCCACCUGAGUGACGAGCUGGAGGUGCCGUGUGGCCUGAGUGCAGCUCAAACCAGGACCCCGGUGGGCAGGAACACCUUUGCUAUUCUAAGCGCAGGUGGAGACGCCGCAGGUCAAGUCCUUCGCUACGGGCAGGAUUUCUGCCUCGGGAUGGCAGGGGGGUUUGACAACACGAUGUUGUAUUUAUCAAGUGACCACAGGACCCUUCUGAAGUCAUCCAAGAGGUCCUGGCUGCAGGAGGUGACGCUGACCGAUGACGUCUCGCACCUGAACUGCUGGCAGGCCACCUUCCUCGACCCCCAGCUGCGCCUGGAGUACGAGGGCUGCCCCAUUCCGGCCAACACAAGGAUCCUCAUCAUUCACCGCCACACCAACCGGGCUCUGGCCGCCCACCGGCAUCUGUUUUUAAGCACCUACUUUGGAAGGGAGGCCGAGGUCGUGGCUCACACAUACCUGGAUUCGCACAGAGUGGAAAAACCGAAGAACCACUGGAUGCUGGUGACCGGGAACCCCAGGAAUGCCUCGUCCACCAUGCUGGAUCUGCCCCAGCCACCAGCCGAGGACACGCGGGCCAUGGAGCAGACCAUGGGCCUCACCACGCAGUAACACACCAGGCACACGCGUGUUCUCUCGGGCCCUGCUCGCGUCACACUUAGCUUUAAUGGAAAUAAACAGGCUUGGCCGUGCCUCGAGGUAUCUUUAAGUGAGGCAGAGAGCUCUGAUCACUCUAUUGCAACAAAGCUGUGUUAGGAUUAUGGACACAGCCGCAGGUGCCUGGGACACACAACAGAACUGCUCUGGGAAACGUAGUCAGGUUUCUGCCCCUGGCCAGGAACCUGUGGUUUUGUACUGAUUUUCAAGCUACAGAAUCCUUCCAUCUCCGUCUUCUCUUUGAAACUUGGUCCAUCGGGUGUGGCCCCCAUGAAGCUCCUGGCAGAGGAAAUGAAAUAAAAACUCUUCCAUCUA